UAUGAACUGAACAGAGCAAAGCCACGGAGCUCAGCCUUCUUACCUAGUUAUACACAUGUACAACACUAGUCUAAACUCCAGAAUAUGUAAGGUCAGCUUCUCCAUCUUCAUUCCAUCCAUGUCACUAUCACCUCCCCACGUUCUCGCGUUCCCAGGUUCGGGAGUUUUGCCGAUCGGAUGUUGUCUAGGUACCUAGGUAGGUAAGGUAGGUAGGUAGGUAGUUGCCUAGUUUUGACAUGACGAUUUUUUUUUUUCCUAUCUUUCCUUGGCUCGGACUUUUGAGUUUAGUCCCAGGUAGAAUCGGUGGUUCGAGGAAGAAAAAAAAAAAAGGAUGCCGGGGUCUAGUCAGAUGAGGGUGGUAGUAUAGCUUUGGUCGGUUGAUACUACUACACUACCUUACCUUGUGUUGAGACUCUUGGAUUAAUACUAUGAUGUAGAGGUACAAAAGGUGGUGUUCUCCCCUGCUUUUUCUCAAGUGCCGGGAGCUUUUCCUUUUCCUUUUUCGUUUUUCUUUUUCGUUUUGAAACAUUCCCAUCAUCACUUUAUUCACUUCACUUUACUCUUGUCGUUGAAAACAGAAACAAGAUGCUCGCCGGUUUAUGUAUCGGCCUUCGUGGCCUUCAGAUCCUCUUCGGCGCCGUAAUCGUCGGUCUCUCCGCCCAAUUCAUCACCGCCCAAAAAGUCGGUUCCGCAGCGACCACCACGCAAUACUCCGUCUUUACCGGCACCUACGCCAUUCUCGAAGGCUUUCUGGGCAUCGUCGCCCUCUUUCUUAGUUCCUUCCCAGAUAUCGUGGUACUAGGCGCCGAUGCCAUCGGUGCUUUGGUGUUGUUGGCUGGUGGUAUCGCCUGGGCAGUCGAGACCCGCGGCUUCUCCUGCACCGAUCCCACCAAGGCCAAGAAGAUUCUUGACAACAACCUCUUGAACCAAGGCAAACGCAAGUACAAGGGGGACUGGUACUAUGGCAUUCUGUACGGGGACCCGAGUGCGGAGACGGCUUGGAGCCGGCUGCAGUCGAGCUGCAAGAAGGGACUGGCGGAUGAAGUCUUUCAGUUCUUGGCGUUCGCCGUGCUUGUGGUCUUGUUGGUGGUGGGGUGGAUCAGAUGGCGGAAGGGUAGAGGGGGUGGAGGUAUGGGGUCGAGGUCGUAUGUUUAAAGAGGCCUCGGGCGUGGUGUUGAGGAUUCAAAAAGGGGAAUUGGGGUAUUACGAAAAGAGGAAGAUUAAUGAUAAUGGAAUGAUUGAUGGAAACGCAAAAGGGAAAUGGGGGAUGGAGUCGGAUGGGACUCGGGGAGAAUGUCAUGAGUCAGAUUGAGAUACCCGUAUGUUAUGAUGAAAGGAAAUAUGGAAGAUUGGGCUACAUCCCCGUUCAGAAACAUGGAUACUUGGAAGUGGAAUCGGCUUACAAGUAGAAAG